UUGUUUGUAAUCUAUGUAUGCUUGUGUUCCCUCAUGUGAUUUAUGUAUUGAUUUGAUAUGAAUAAAAUUAAAAAAAAGUGUACACCCUUCACAAACAACGCCUUCCGGUGAUUGGACGAGACGGCGGUGUAAAACAUGAUGCGGUCUGUUAAUUACAGAAACAUGGCGCUGUCGUCUGCAGGAGGAACAAAGAAGAAAGUUUGCUAUUAUUAUGAUGGCGACGUUGGUAAUUAUUACUAUGGCCAGGGUCAUCCCAUGAAACCCCACAGGAUCCGUAUGACCCACAACCUCCUGCUCAACUAUGGACUGUACAGGAAGAUGGAGAUAUAUAGACCCCACAAGGCCAGUGGAGAGGAGAUGACCAAGUACCACAGUGACGACUACAUCAAGUUCCUGCGUUCCAUCCGGCCAGACAACAUGUCAGAGCACAGCAAACAGAUGCAGAGAUUUAAUGUGGGAGAGGACUGCCCAGUGUUUGACGGCCUGUUUGAGUUCUGUCAGCUCUCAACGGGAGGCUCUGUCGCGGGGGCAGUGAAGCUGAACAAGCAGCAGACUGACAUCGCCAUCAACUGGGCCGGAGGACUCCAUCAUGCCAAGAAGUCUGAGGCCUCGGGGUUCUGCUACGUCAACGACAUAGUCCUCGCCAUCCUGGAGCUGCUCAAGUACCACCAGAGGGUGUUGUACAUAGACAUCGACAUUCACCAUGGAGACGGAGUGGAAGAGGCUUUCUUCACCACAGACCGGGUCAUGACGGUGUCCUUCCACAAGUAUGGAGAAUACUUCCCUGGCACCGGAGACCUGAGGGACAUUGGAGCAGGGAAGGGGAAGUACUACGCUGUAAACUACCCUCUCAGAGACGGCAUCGACGAUGAGUCUUACGAAGCCAUCUUCAGACCUGUGAUGGCUAAAGUGAUGGAGAUGUUCCAACCCAGUGCAGUCGUGUUACAGUGUGGAGCCGACUCUCUCUCAGGAGACAGACUGGGCUGUUUCAACCUCACCAUCAAAGGUCAUGCUAAGUGUGUUGAGUACAUGAAGAGUUUCAACCUGCCUCUGUUGAUGUUGGGAGGUGGAGGUUAUACCAUCCGUAAUGUGGCCCGCUGCUGGACCUACGAGACCGCUGUGGCUCUGGACAGCAUUAUACCUAACGAGCUGCCUUACAACGAUUACUUUGAGUACUUUGGUCCUGACUUCAAGCUCCACAUCAGCCCGUCUAACAUGACCAACCAGAACACCAAUGAUUACCUGGAGAAGAUCAAACAGAGGUUGUUUGAGAACCUGCGCAUGCUGCCCCACGCCCCGGGGGUCCAGAUGCAGGCCAUCCCAGAAGACGCUCCACACCCGGACUCUGGAGAUGAGGAGGACGAGAGCCCUGACAAACGCAUCUCCAUCUGGGCCCAUGAUAAGAGGAUAGCCUGUGAAGAGGAGUUCUCUGACUCUGAGGAUGAGGGACAGGGAGGAGGGGGAAGGAGGAAUGCUGCCAACCACAAGAAGACCAAACGAGUCAAAACUGAGGAGGAGAAAGAGAAGGAGGCAGAGGAGAAGAAAGAUGUGAAAGAGGAGAAAGAGACAGAGGAGAAGAUGGACACAACAGGGCCAACAGAAGAAACGAAGACGUCCUGAAGUGGGAGAAGCAGAUAAACAGGGGCUUCCAGUUGUGGAUCUAAUCAUUAGAAAUGGACUGUAAAUUAUUCUCUUAACACAGUUUCAGUAUUUCCUCAAACAGUCAAAUGUUUUAGCCUGUGUCAGUGUUGAAAUGCUCUUUUAUUAACUCAUGUCUCUGCCACCUAUUUAAAAUGUUUUUUUUUUUUUAUACCAUGUGUUAGUUAUGGAGCCUGAGGAUCUGAAGCAGUAGGGUCCCAUUUCAAUAGUCUGGUUGGGAUUCAAUCCAAGUUCAUGCUGUCGUGCACACUGCUCUCUAACAGACGUACGGUCGCUUCAAAUCAAAUUUAUUUAUAUAGCCCUUCGUACAUCAGCUGAUAUCUCAAAGUGCUGUACAGAAACCCCAAACAGCAAGCAAUGCAGGUGUAGAAGCAC